AUGGCUCCAACAAAUAUACAGAAUAAGAAACCAAGUAAUAGGAGAAGAAAAAAGAGAAGAACAGAGGAUUUUUCGUCAUCUUCCGAAUCCUCAGGUUCAUCCUCAUCAGAAGCAUCAGAUAAUGAAGAACAAGAACAACAAGAACAACAAGAACAACAGCCUACAAAUGAUAGUAAUAUAAAUAUAGACGAUAUGGAUAUUGAUUCAGAUAUAGAAUUGAAAGAUCAAAAACAAAUUAAUUCAAAUAAAAUACCUAGUAAUUUAACAAUUGAUGAAAAGAAGAAAUUAAACAAACUAUCAUUUACAACUACUUCAAUAUCACAACUUACUAACCUCAAUCAGUUGAAAAAUUUAAAUAAUCUUGAUGAGAUUAAUAAUAUAUUAGAUAAUGAAAUGAAAAUUAAAAAUAAUCAAUUUUUAAAACUAAUGUCAAAUGAAUUUAAUGAAGAUUUAGAUUUAUUAAGAAAAAAACCAGAUUUUAAUGAUAAACUGUUAUUUACAUUAGCUAAAUUAUUACAACUGGGUUCUAAUUUAUUUGAUAUUGAUUUAAUACGAGGAAUAGUGGAAGAAAAUGAAAGAAAAGAACAAGUAUAG